GCUGAUUAGAAUGGUACCAGCCUCUUAAACUAGACAGAAGAAACAUCUAGUGAUCUGAAAUUGAAUGAAAACAGAAUUUUUCAGAACUUACAAGCAUUAAUUCUGGGGCUAAAAAAUCAUUCGUCUUAUCAUUUGAAACAUAAGGAUUACACUGCCGGUGCCGUUUGGAUUGUACAGUUUUUCAUCGCUAUUUUUCACUCAACAGGAAGCGUACAAGUGCUGAAAUGAAGUUAACAGGAAUAUUUUUGUUGCUGAUGGUUUGGCACAGUGAGAGCGCAAGAGUCGCAGAGACUAGAGACGACGACAAUAUGUACGACCUAUUCGAGCUAAUCCAGGUCCCUAAGAAAAACCAUGGGGUCAGCCUGGUGAAAGGCGACGACCCAUACAGCCCCGCCUACAAAAUCCUGAACCCCGACCUGAUCCCCCCGGUCCCCAAGAACGCCUUCAGGGACCUACUCGACUCAAUUCACACGGAGAGAGGAUUCCUUCUCUUGGUCAAUUUCAAACAGGCCAAGAGGACCAGAGGCAGCCUGCUGACCAUUGAGAAGCAAGACGGCUCCGGACCUAUUUUUGAAAUAGUUUCCAAUGCCAAGGCCAACACGCUGGACAUUGUGUAUUCCACGGAGAACAAGCAACAGGUUAUGUCCAUUGAAGAUGCGGACUUGGCAACGGGGCAUUGGAAAAAUAUCACUCUCUUCGUGCAAGAGGACAGGGCUCAGUUGUACGUAGGCUGUGAAGAGGUGAAUACAGUUGAGCUGGAUGUACCUAUCCAGAACAUCCUGAAUAAGGACAUCCCUAUAUAUGCAAACUUGAGAAUCGGCAAAGGAGCAGUCAAAGACAGGUUCAUGGGUGUGCUUCAGAACGUGCGUUUUGUAUUUGGAACGACUCUGGAUGCGAUCUUAAGGAAUAAAGGCUGCCAAAGCACAAUUCUGACAGACCUCAUAACCUUGGACAAUCCCAUCAAUGGCUCUAGACCAGCUAUCAGGACAGAUUACACUGGCCACAAAACAAAAGAUCUUCAGAUGAUUUGUGGCUUCACCUGUGAUGACCUGGCAGCCAUGUUCAAGGAACUGAAGACCCUGGGGGUGGUGGUGAAAGACCUGUCGGACCAGCUCAAUAAAGUGACUGACCAGAACAGAGAGCUCAUGAAGAGCAUCAACAUCAACAACAUCAGCGUCUGUAUCCACAAUGGCAUUGUCCACAAGAACAACGACGAGUGGACCGUGGACGACUGCACCGAGUGCACUUGCCGGAACUCAGCCAUCGUGUGUCGCAAGAUCUCCUGCCCUCUCAUUCCCUGUGCCAACGCCACUGUGCCCGAUGGGGAGUGCUGCCCUCGCUGUGGCACCCCGAGCGACUUUGCUGACGACGGCUGGUCCCUGUGGUCUGAAUGGACUCAUUGUUCGGUGUCCUGCGGACGAGGCGUGCAGCAGCGGGGGCGCUCCUGCGAUCGCAUCAAUAACAACUGCGAGGGCACGUCGGUGCAGACGCGCGACUGCUACCUCCAGGAGUGCGACAAGCGCUUCAAACAAGAUGGCGGCUGGAGCCACUGGUCACCUUGGUCCUCCUGCUCGGUCACCUGUGGCGCUGGUGACAUCACCCGUAUCCGCCUCUGCAACUCGCCGACCCCGCAGAUGAGUGGCAAGGACUGCGAAGGAGAGGCCAGGCAGACGCAGAAGUGCCAGAAAUCACCCUGCCCCAUCAAUGGAGGCUGGGGACCCUGGUCACCCUGGGACACCUGCUCAGCAACCUGUGGAGGAGGAAGGCAGACCCGCAAGCGCCUCUGCAAUGACCCGUCGCCCAAGUAUGGGGGCAAAGACUGCAUUGGCGAUGGCACGGCGACCCAGACAUGCAGCAAGCAACCCUGCCCUAUCGAUGGCUGCUUAUCCAACCCCUGCUUUGCCGGCGCCCAGUGCACCAGCUUCCCCGACGGCUCCUGGAAGUGCGGCAAGUGCCCAUCCGGCUACACCGGCAACGGCAUCAAGUGCAAAGACAUCAAUGAGUGUAAGGAGGUUCCUGAUGCCUGCUUUGAGUUCAAUGGCGUGCACAGGUGUGAGAACACUGUCCCAGGCUACAACUGUCUGCCCUGUCCCCCGCGCUACUCCGGGCCCCAGCCCUUUGGCAGAGGUGUGGAGGAGGCUGCUGCCAAGAAGCAGGUUUGCACUCCCCGUAACCCCUGUCUGGACGGAAGCCAUGACUGCAACAAGCACGCCCGCUGCAACUACCUGGGCCACUUUGCUGACCCAAUGUUCCGCUGCGAGUGCAAGCCUGGCUUCGCCGGGAACGGUCACAUCUGCGGCGAGGACACCGACCUGGACGGCUGGCCCAAUGCUGACCUGGUCUGCGUGGAGAAUGCUACAUAUCACUGCAAGAAGGACAACUGCCCCAACCUGCCCAACUCUGGACAAGAAGACUAUGAUAAGGACGGCAUUGGGGAUGCUUGCGAUGAUGAUGAUGAUGAUGAUGGCAUUCCUGACGACAGGGAUAACUGCCCGUUCGUCUUCAACCCCAGGCAGUAUGACUAUGACCGCGAUGACGUUGGAGACCGCUGCGACAACUGCCCAUACAACAGCAACCCCGAUCAGACAGACACAGACAACAACGGAGAGGGAGACGCCUGUGCUGUCGACAUAGAUGGAGACGGCAUUAUGAAUGAGAAGGACAACUGUCCCUAUGUCUACAACGUCGACCAGCGCGACUCAGACCUUGAUGGAGUUGGGGACCAGUGUGAUAACUGUCCUUUGGAGCAUAAUCCUGACCAGCUUGACUCGGACUCGGACCGUGUGGGAGACAAGUGUGACAGUAACCAGGACAUCGACGAGGAUGGUCAUCAGAACAACCUGGACAACUGUCCCUACAUCCCGAAUGCCAACCAGGCAGACCACGACAAAGACGGCAAAGGUGAUGCCUGCGACCACGAUGACGACAACGACGGUAUUCCUGACGACAAAGACAACUGCCGUCUGGCUUUCAACCCAGAUCAACUCGACUCCGAUGGUGAUGGCCGUGGAGAUGCUUGCAAAGACGACUUUGACGGAGACAAUGUGCCAGAUAUCUACGACGUCUGCCCAGAGAACUUCGACAUCAGUGAGACCGACUUCCGGAAAUUCCAGAUGGUGCCUCUGGACCCCAAGGGCACCUCCCAGAUCGACCCCAACUGGGUGGUUCGCCACCAAGGCAAAGAGCUGGUACAGACAGUCAACUGCGACCCUGGCAUUGCUGUUGGCUAUGACGAGUUCAACGCUGUGGACUUCAGUGGCACCUUCUUCAUCAACACCGAGCGCGACGAUGACUACGCCGGCUUCGUGUUUGGCUACCAGUCCAGCGCGCGCUUCUACGUAGUCAUGUGGAAGCAGAUCACACAGACCUACUGGUCAAACAAGCCCACCAAGGCCCAAGGCUACUCGGGGCUGUCCAUCAAGGUGGUCAACUCCACCACGGGCCCUGGCGAGCACCUCAGGAAUGCACUUUGGCAUACUGGAGACACGCCAGGACAGGUGCGCACCCUGUGGCACGACCCUAAGAAUGUCGGCUGGAAGGACUUCACUGCUUACAGAUGGCAUCUGACACACAGGCCCAGGACUGGGCACAUCAGGGUUGUAAUGUAUGAAGGCAAGAAGAUCAUGGCCGAUUCAGGAAGAAUCUACGAUAGGACUUACGCUGGUGGAAGACUAGGUCUCUUUGUUUUCUCUCAAGAGAUGGUGUAUUUCUCCGACCUCAAAUAUGAAUGCAGAGACUUGUAACUGCCUGGGAAGCAAGCUCGUUGAGGGAUGCACCUUUCUGUAUAAACGUGAACAUGUAUUCCAAGCAAAGUCCAGGGACAGGAUGUUUUUGUUUUUGUUUUUGUUUUUGUUUUGUUUUUCCAUUAUUCUUUAUUCUGCGGCACGCACAUUGGUGGAGCUAACCCCGGCGAGGGUAGCCAGCUUCAGUGUAAAGAAAAUAAGGGGGAUGGGGCAGAGGCUGGACUGGACUGGAUUGGACUGGUUGGCUGAACUGACCGCCAGCCAAGAACCAGGACCCCUCCACCAAGAGCAGGUAGAGCAGAAACAAAAAAAAUGCCCCAAAAAUCCCUCCCCAGCUCCACUUUGCUUUGCUUGUUCGGGAGACCUAUAUCUCUCUGAAAGACCUCGUUCAGCUCUGUGUGGGAAGAAAGAUCCCUCCAGACAACUAUGCACUUCAAAAACCUUUAAAUCUCUCUCUCUCUCUCUCUCUCUCCUCUAUUCUUGCUCUUUCUCUUUGGAUGGAUGAAUAGUUGGAUGGUUGGAUCACAUGGAUGGAUGCUACAAGAAUGAGUCUGACCAAACUCACUGCAGGUCUUUAAAAAAAAAAAAAAAAAGGUUUUGGCACGAAUUUAUUUUUAAGGACAAAUUUCCUCAAAGGAUGAAGAAAAAGCAGUAGGGCCCAUCGAGCUUGGGCCUCUGAAUGAGAGUUGGACAGCUAGAUAGACUGAAAGUAUGUAAAUAGAGCUUAGAUGUAUAGUGUGUAACAUUACUCCAAAGUCAGUGUAGAAAAGAUGGUGCAUUCAUAUCAAAGUCAUCGUGACGAAACAUUUAAGUCCAGCCUUUUCAUGCAAGUUUUGAAUGAAAAAUGAACUCUUAUUUUAUCAAGUAGCCUCUAUGUUGAGGUUCAACAGCAAUGCUCGUAUUCUGUGGCUGGCAGUGAAUCGUGUUAGGUGAGACCAGUGGGCAGGGAAUACUCAGGGUAAGAUGGUGGACCACCAUCUUAGUUUUGUCCAAACCAUCCAUCUUAAGAUUACAAGGAAGUUCGAAGAGAAGAGGGCAUGGACAGAGAAGUUCUAGACAGCAGCACCAUUUUGUGAUCACAGUCAAAAAUACAAACCAGGAUCUAUCUCGGGGAGUAUUUAGAACGAGAACCAUAUGGGAGUUUGAUUCUGAUAAGAUGAGUCUGCCCUAAUGACAACGGCCCAUUAAAAAGAUUGAUGGACUAAGACCAAAAAGUGCAGUGGGACAAAAUUUGUCCACCAAGAUGUUUCAGUGAAGCUUCCCUCUAUGUCGUUGAGACAUUUAAAAUGUUAUUAUUUAAUUGAUGUACAUUUCCCCCUAUUUAUUUUGAUCCAAACUAGGAGAGCUCUCUUGAGUAGAAUGCAGGUUGAAACCUACAUAGCCCUGUACAGAGUCCAUUGCCUUCCAUCUCUUCCUUCCUCUCUGGGGUCAAUAGAUUUCACAACUCUCCAGGAAGUGCCUUCCACACAGUAAGAAUGACCUGUGUGCCUUUUCUAUAGAGAGAGAUAAAGGAAAUAUAUAUUUUGAUGUACAAAUAUUACCUCAUAGCUGUUGUACAAUUCGAUCAGAUGAAAAAAGAAUUCCUAGUAUUUUUCUUUUUUUUUUUCUCGAAGAAACACAAUUUGGUAAAACUUCCUAUUGCUACUGUAGCACAGGCUGUAAAUAGUACGAUAAUUUUUAUCUUUGGGAAUGAAACAGCCCUUCUUUACCCUUCCUUCUCCUCCCUCUGCACCGUAAUUAGGAAAAAACACAACGGGAGAGUUUUUUUAAUCGAUUCUUUUGCCAGUACUUCCAGUGUCUAGUACUUUUAUAAGAAUAAGUUAUUGUUCUGUUGGUCUUUUUUUCUGUUUUAAGUCGUGUCAUGUGUGUGUAUCUGUGUGUGUGUGUGUGUGUGUGUGUGUGUGUGUGUGUGUGUGUGUAGAUAAAUGCUAUUUAAAUAAUUUAUCGGGGAAAGCCUUCUCUGGAGGCGUCUCCGUCUGUAUAAACGGUUUGCACACUGACGUGAGGAUGUUCUGUUCUUUAUUGUUUUUACUUUUAUUUUUUGUUCUCUUUUUGUUAUUUUUUUUGUACAAUUAGUGUUGCUUGUCUGUAAACAUUUUUACUUAGUUGUACAAUGCGAAAUGUUAUUUUUAUCCAUGGCAAUUAUUUUGGUACAUACUUCGGAACAAUAAACAGAUGUAAAGUCUC